AUGAUUUUAUACUCACAACAAUUAAAAUUCAGAAUUUUGCAUCUUCUUAUUAAUAAAAAUAAAAUGAAUACUAUGACAUCUUGGAUUUUUCUCCUAUUCUUUGUAGAACUCAGCUGAGGAGCUAGUUCUAGUGUUUCUUAUAUAUUCCCACCUCAAUAUUCUUAUAAUUUCGAUUCAUCAUCUCUUCAAAUCAAACUGAGUGAAGCAGUUUUAGCAGGAGAUAGCAUUCAACACAAAUUUGGCCUUUCAUUUUGGGUCAAAAUCUUUGAGGUAUUCAUUCCUGGGCAAAUAUUUAGAAUUAUCCCUCCUGAUGCUAAAGAAAGAGAUAGCGAAGAUUUUGUUAGUCUUUUUUAUUCUAACUUAUCGCAUGAAUUUAUAUUAGUAUGGCUUAAUUUUUGGAAUGAAAAUUUUUCAGUACUAAAUUUACCUUAUGUAUGCUUUAUUUAG